AUGCAAGAAAUCGACGCUAUAACAGAUCAGGACACGCAAAGAGAGCUACGCAUUAUUUUGAAACAACGCAGAGAUCGUCGGAAGAUAAUUCAGCAACGACACCACAAGAAGAAGCAGAAGAUGGUGGGACAUCUCGUGGCCUCCAUUCCAAAACUUCGGAACGAGAUCGAACAGCUACAGCUACAGCGUUUAAGCUUGAUGGAGAAACUGCGGAAUGAUAAUGUCUGGUCCGUUGCAAUUGAGUACUCCAGUCUCUUCCAGUGCGGAAAACCUGAACUGAGGGCUUCCCAGAUGCGUGCUUGCAACUUCUUGACAACAAGUAUGUCACCAGAUCUCGAUACUGGAAUAACGUCAGGUAUCGAGGCACUUAUGAAACGUUGGAAGACAUUCACACGGCUUUUUCCUAGUGGCCACAUCCAACUCGAGAACCUCAGGCAAUUGACAAGUGAUUCCCUCGUUGCAACGACCAGUACAAGUGUUACUCUUACGGAACACGUACUUCAGCACUUAUUUCAACACGGGUCUGAUAACGGCAAGGCCCACAGUAUACGCCGGGGACGGGUCUUCUCCAGACUACAGGGUCAGCACAUUGUCAUGCGUGGGUCCGUACGAUUUGGCUGGGAUGAAGGGGCCAAGCGCGUAGUCAGGUUGUACUCUCAGACUGAUAUCCUGACUCCAAUGUUGGGUCUUCUGGGCAACUUGGAGGACGUUUCAUUUAUUUUUAGUGGUGCCCUCAUCACACCCGACGGGCAUUUUGUCCAUGAGUAUGCAUCACAGCACCAAUGA